ACCGCCACGACCUCCACUUGAAAUAAAAGCCCACCUCACCGCUCUCUCUUUCUACAUCUCCACACUCGCCGUGCAGAGGAUAAUCAACUUACCCUUCCUCUUCACAAUCAACUUCAUACACAAACACACAAAAUGAAGUACGCGACAGUUUGCGCCACUCUCUUUGCGGCCCUUGCGGGUGCGUCCGAUGUCAAGCAGCUCAAGACGGACAACUUCAAGAGCUUCAUUGAGGAGAAUGACCUUGUCCUUGCUGAGUUCUUCGCACCAUGGUGCGGCCACUGCAAGGCUCUUGCCCCCGAGUACGAGACGGCUGCUACUACACUUAAGGAGAAGGACAUCGCUCUUGUCAAGGUUGACUGCACCGAAGAGCAGGACCUGUGCCAGGAGUAUGGUGUAGAGGGUUACCCCACUCUCAAGGUCUUCCGCGGCCUCGAGAACAUAUCGCCAUACGGCGGUCAGCGCAAGGCCGACAGCUUGAUCUCCUACAUGACCAAGCAGUCCCUGCCCGCUGUCUCCGAAAUCACAAAGGACACCCUCGAGGAGUUCAAGACUGCCGACAAGGUUGUCCUCGUCGCCUACUUCGCCGCCGACGACAAAGCCGCCAACGAGACCUUCACAUCGGUCGCCAACGGCCUCCGUGACAACUACCUCUUCGGUGCCACCAACGACGCUGCGCUCGCCAAGGCUGAGGGCGUCAAGCAGCCCGGUCUCGUUCUCUACAAGUCCUUCGACUCCGGCAAGGAUAUCUUCAAGGAGAAGUUCGAGGCGGACGCUAUCCGCGACUUCGCCAAGAUCGCCUCUACCCCGCUCAUCGGCGAGGUUGGCCCCGAGACCUACGCUGGAUACAUGGACGCUGGCCUUCCUCUUGCAUACAUCUUCGCCGAGACUCAAGAGGAGCGUGAUGCGUUUGCCAAGGAGCUGAAGCCUCUCGCUCUUAAGCACAAGGGCAAGAUCAACUUCGCUACCAUUGACGCCAAGUCUUUCGGCCAGCACGCUGGUAACCUCAACCUCAAGGUCGGCACAUGGCCCGCCUUCGCUAUCCAGACCACCACGAAGAACCAGAAGUUCCCCUAUGACCAAGAGGCCAAGAUCACCGAGAAGGAGAUUGGCAAGUUCGUCGACCAAUACCUCGCCGGCAAGCUCGAGCCCAGCAUCAAGUCUGAGCCCAUCCCCGAGAAGAACGACGGUCCCGUCACCACCAUCGUUGCCCACAACUACAAGGACGUCGUUCUUGACAACGACAAGGACGUCCUCGUUGAGUUUUACGCUCCUUGGUGCGGUCACUGCAAGGCUCUUGCUCCCAAGUACGAGGAGCUCGGCCAGCUUUACCAGACCCCUGAGUUCUCCAAGCUUGUAACCAUCGCCAAGGUUGAUGCUACUGCCAACGACGUUCCCGAUGAGAUUCAGGGCUUCCCUACCAUCAAGCUCUUUGCCGCUGGCAAGAAGGAUGCUCCCGUCGACUACUCCGGUUCCCGCACCAUCGAGGACCUCAUUGAGUUCGUCAAGGAGAACGGUUCACACAAGGUGUCGGUUACUUACACACCCAGCGAAGAAGACGCUACCAAGGACGCCGAGGCUAGCGCUUCGUCCGCUACCGACAAGGCUGCCUCUGCCGCAUCAGAGGCUACCGAUUCUGCCAAGUCUGGUGCCGCAGCGGCGACCGACUCUGUCAAGUCCGCUGCGUCAGAUGUCAAGGAUGAGUUGUAGAUAGCGGACUCUUGGUUUCUUUGGUUAUGCCGGCGCUUUCAUGUGUACCAUUACCCCCUUUCAGCAUUCGAGAAGUAUUCGUAUUUGCUGAGGUAUAUGAGUAUAAAAACAGUCAUGGUUAUAUGAGAGGAAUGAUUAGGUCCUUUCUUUAUUAUGGCUUGGGUAGCACUUAGCUAAUGGAGUUCCGGAUUGUUACUUCA